AUACAUGUAACAAUGUGCUGUUGAAAAAAUUUAUUUAGCACAAGGAACCGUUACAGAUGAGACGUAUUUUUAAAGCUCUUACAUCUAAUAAAGUAUUUGGAGUUUAAUAACUCCAUAAGGUAGAAAGUUAAUUUUUGUGUGGAAUUUUGUUUCGAUUUAGCAUGCCUAUGUUUACUUCUGGUUUCGCUUUCGGUUUGAAACAUAAUGAAUGCACAGAGCCCAUGUUCAUUUGACUGGACAGACGGUUUGGAAAAAUUCCCUGUAUACUGUAGAAAGGAGGAUGGAGUACAAGGAAAGGAUUCAAUGUUUCAGUAUGUGAAGCACAACAUUCCCGGUCCAGGCAUUGAUAAGGAGAAAUUCCUUCCUGUCUUUACCGGUUGUUCCUGCCAUGAGUGUAUCAGUGACUGCCCUUGUGUGCAGAGAUUUAGCCAGAAUUACACUGAAGAUGGUAAACUUAAAACUUCUUAUCUGGACGCAGACGAACACAAGGUGAUGGUGGAAUGUAACAGUCACUGCAGCUGUUCUAAAACGUGCGUAAACAGGGUCGUACAAGGUGGAGUAAAAGUGAGAGUCGAGUUAUUCUGGACAGUAAGCAAAGGAAUAGGAGUCAGGACUCUGGAAGAUUUAGAUCCAAGUGCGUUUGUCUGUGAAUACGCGGGAGAAAUCAUCUCAAGUGACGAGGCUAGAAAACGGAGCCUAGCUCAACGGAAAGAAGACAUGAAUUAUAUUAUAACUGUUAAUGAACAUUGCAAGAGUGGCGUGAUAAAAACUCAUGUAGAUCCUAGAAACUUUGGCAAUGUCGGGCGAUUCCUCAACCACAGCUGUGAUCCUAACCUAACAAUGCUCCCAGUAUGGGUUGAUACUGAAAUUCCAUUACUUUGUUUGUUUGCAAAUAGGAAAAUAAGCUCAGGAGAAGAGUUGAAUUUUCACUACGGACUUUCCUCAGGAGAAGAGAGAACAGUUUAUUCGGACAUUGAUAGAAAAGAAAGUGGCUUAAUACCAUGUAACUGUGGUUCACAGUCUUGUCAGGGUUAUCUGCCCUUUGAUAAAACACUAUUUGAUGAUUGAUGAUAAAGAAUAUACUAGUAUAACAUGAUGUAUUAAUUAUCAAUAAAUUCCAAAGC